AAUACCCUCAUUGGUGACCCAGCCUGUUCUAAGCAAGGAUUUUACCUUUUCGAUAUGCUGGUUUCAGCAUCUACUUCGCUGAACGGCUCCCUCGCGUGCGAGCCCCAUUCGAGACUCUGGUAUCCGACUUGGCGCACUUGGGGAUGGGCCUUCGGAGCAGUGGUUCUCGAUUCAAGUACCAGAGAUGCGCGGACAGCAGUCACGAGGGUUGGGCUAGAGGUGAGUUAUGUGAGGACCUGAAGGAACUCAAGGGUUGCCAGUCUCUCCGCCAUAUAUUUAAGUCGUUCACGUUCACGAUGUAAGUGAUUGUUCACCACAUCUCGUCAAACGCCUCGACCCUCUAAAUCAGCUUUCGACAUCGGCUACUAUUCCUCACAAUCACAAGAACCCUUCCCCAUCAAUCACCAACGAUGGCUAUCAGAGUCUUCUCGACUGUCGCCGUGACCUUUACGCUCAUAUUCCAAGUGACGGCUCUCCCACGCCACAUAGUCCCCACCAACAGAACGGGCUCAGUCCCAAGUGCGCCCUACCCUCGAAAUACCACCGAAGAACCAGAGCCAUGGGUGUGUCCGAACAAAGACGUUGAGCUCGACCCGGUAGAGUGCCCCCCUGGCACACCAGGUGGGAUUCCGAAAGCAAAGGAUCUCCACAAAGUCAGGAUAGGGUGUAACGGCCUACGUUGCCCACACGAAUGGGUUUGGUACGAUGCGGGCUUGCCGAAAUUCGAGCAUACUUGUCCCCGACAUGCAGUUGCAGCGGCCGCCAACUGGCGGAACUGGUGCUUCUUGGACCCCCCUUUCUACGUGCUCCCGAACGCGUGGUGUGCUACCGGGUCAGAACCCCUCGAUUCGACGUUGGACGGCCCCAGCAUUGAGAGGUGCUGUGGCGAGUGGGUCAGUGUCAACGACCCGUAUUACAAAGACUAUCCCACCGUGCAGAGGCCCGAUCUCAGCGUCGUGGAGAACAAAUUCGAAGACGGAGAGGAGAUGCGGAAAGUGCUCAAGCCCGGAGCCUGGGAGUUCAAUAUUGACAAUGGCUUCUGUCGGAUGUGGAUGUCGGAAAACGAGGCCCAGUACCAGUACUUCAUGCAGAACCUGGCAUCGUGGGACAUUGACGAUGCGGAUUUGCUGGGCCAUGGUGGCCCUCGGUUCAACAUCAAGUGGGACAAGGACCAAGUCUGGGGGCACUUGCCGCCGUAAGGCUGGCAUUGGUGGUUAGGAAACAUCUGGUCUUGCAGUUCUGCAGGUUCGGAGUCGGGCUGAAUUCAGACGAGCCAGGUCUUGCUUCUGUGACGAACGAAAGCUGAAGAAGCCUCCGGGAGAACGAGAUGGGCGGAAUCGGUUGAGCGGGUGUGUAUUUAGCGCUGCGGGCGUCUUUGAAGCGUGUGUAUUUCUAUAGAAGAGCAAACUCU